UCGUGUUAAAAAGUGGGUUCGUGCUGCUGACUCUUCUCCUCUCUCGAAACCCUUUUGGCGUCGAGAGCGGGCGAAAUGGCCACUGACAACCACACAGACAUGUCCAUUAACAGCACCAACGCCGAGUUUGGUGGCUUGGAAGGCGCGGGGAUAGGCACAGAAGGAGAAAGAGCAGGAGCAGGGAUAAUGGGCGUCAGAAGGAAGGAACGAGCACCUCUAUUGACGCAGCGCAAGUUGUUCAGAAGUUUAAGUGGCAGAGAAUUAUCAAGUUCAGAUUCGGAAAGUUCGGAUACACCACGGACACUGAGUACCUUUGCUGGGGUUUUUGCCCCUGUCUGCCUGUCACAGUUUAGUACUAUGCUCUUCCUGCGAGUUGGUUUUAUUAUUGGAAACUUGGGUUUGGCACUUGCCAGUGGCACAUUGAGUUUGGCAUAUAUAAUUCUGCUGUUUACAAUACUGUCUAUAUGUGCCAUUUCAACCAAUGGAGCUGUUGAGGGAGGUGGUGCAUACUAUAUGAUCAGUCGGACACUUGGUCCUGAGUUUGGAGGAGCAAUUGGCGCACUGUUUUUCUUUGCAAAUGUCUUCAGCAGUGCACUCUAUACCACAGGCUGUGUUGAGGGUAUUGUGGAUAACUUCGGUGAAAAUGGUAAAAUUGCCCACUGGCUCCCAGAAGGUCGCUGGUACAACUUUGCCUAUUCUUCCACUGUCAACGUCCUCAACCUGCUUGUCUGCCUCAUUGGGGCAGGGAUGUUUGCCAAGUUCACUGUAGUCAUUUUUGCUGUUGUCCUCUCAUGCACAGCCUCUGUCAUUAUCAGCUUCCUAGCAGAGAAUCACAUGAUUGAGGUCCCCAUCCCAGCAGCAAACCAGCUGGUCCAGAAUGACACCUACCCAGUGAAUGGAACAUAUACAUGGUUCUCAGCCAAUACCCUGAAGGACAACCUAUGGCCAGAAUACUCUGUGGAUUACACAACAGAUGAUCCUGUCAACUAUGCUACUGUCUUUGGGGUGCUUUUCAGUAGUGUCACAGGAAUUAUGGCUGGAGCUAACAUGUCAGGCGAGUUGAAAGAACCGGGUCGAAGCAUUCCCUUUGGCACACUCAUAGCCACACUGUUCACGUUCCUGAUUUAUUUGCUGCUCUUCGUCUUCACGGCUGCCACCUGUUCAAGAUUCCUUCUGGUCAACAACUACAUCGUCAUGUGGGUAUUAACACAGCUGAGUACACAUUGUCACCAUUGUAAGUGGGACAUCAGAAUUAUUCGUAAUAGGCUUUGUGAAAAUAUGUUAUAA